GUAUGUUGUAAACAAAAAAUAUCUUUUUACAUUACUUUCAUAACACAACUAUUUAAGAAAAAUUAAAUUCUUUCGAAUAUGUUUAUAAGUAAAAGAUACUUGUUAUUCUUAAAAAGUUAUAAGAAAACGUUCAUGAAUUGUUAUCCUAAAUUUUAUAGAUUAGACAAGUACUAUUCUAAACAAAGUGAUUUUAUUUAUUUCUACAAAUGUCGCAAGAAACAACAGUUUAAUUUCUAUAGCACCGUAACUACUAAUUUUACUCCAAUUUUGUCUCAGACGUUACAAAAUGAAGUAGUUGAUUUGUACAUAAAUCUUCGAAAUGGCAAAGUGUGCUUGGAUGAUUUCAAACAAAUUAUACAAAUGUAUGAUGAAACAGACAAUACAUUGUCAAACGAUAUUGGCUUAAUAUUACUCAAAUGUUGUGGUAAUUUACUACCUAAUGUUGAUUUACCAACAAGGCAAAAAUUAACUAGUCAAGUAUGGAAUCUUCUUCACAAGAAAGGUUGUCAAAUAACUUUGGAACAUUAUAAUUGUCUUCUUACAGUUUAUGCACAAAAUUUAGAAACUAUAAAUCCACAUGAAUUCUUAGAUAAAAUAACCAUAAAACCUGAUCAAAGUAUAUAUUGUUCCCUAUUGAAUCUACUAUCGAAAACAGAAAAUGUCGAAUUAUUAGUCGCUACUAAUAUAAUAUCAAAAAUGAAAGAAAAUCUAGAUACGUGGGAUGAAGAAAUAUUCAAUAUGAUUGUUAAAGUAUAUGCAAUGCAAGGAAACAUUGAAGAAGCUAAUAAAGUAAUCAAGGAAAUGGAAUCCAAUAAAAUUAUGCCAUCUCCUGAUACUUAUAUUUAUUUAGCAUAUGGUUUUGCAAAGAUGGGCAAUAUUUCCAAUGUUAUGGAAACUUUUGAAAAAUAUCAUCCAAAUACUAUGAAUAUUAUGGAAGUUAUUAAAAUUCUUAGUCGUCAUGGACAUGGAGAGCACAUAGAAAGUAUUUUAAAAUUUCUAUCCAAAUCAUUGAAGUUAACUGACUUAAAUCUAAUUACUAAUACUAUUACUGAACUUAUAUAUGCCGGCGACAGAAUAAAUACUAUUAAGAUAUUAAAUAAUCUUCCUUCUUGUCCAGAAGUUAUAAAUACUUAUGUAGAAUAUGUUAAAUGUUUUGUAAAUGAAGAUAUCCAAUCGAAUAAGCCGGAUAAAGAUAUUUUACAAAUGAUACAUGAAAUCAUCAAUUAUAAUUCUUCUCCGUAUAUCAUAAAUGAAGCUACCAAAAUUACCUUAUAUAAUGGCAGAAAAUUAUUGGCGCUUACUUUAUUUGAAGAUAUGAAAAAAUAUAACAUCCCAAUACGUAGUCAUUAUUAUUGGCCACUGCUAUUACAAGUGCAGAAAAAUGCAGACAAAAACAAAUUAUAUUCUCUUUUUUCACACAUGAUAUCUUUAAAUGUAGAGAUAGAUAAGGAUACACUCAUUGAAUAUGUACUUCCUUUUAUAGAUGUAACUGAUCCCAUUAAGACAAUAACAACAUUGAGCCAAAAAGAGAUUAAUUUUAUGACUCUGGUAAGAAGCAUCAGUGCAUUUCUUUUAGACAAUAACAGAUUAAACGAUUUAUUAUCAUUGCUGUCUAAAUUGAGAGUGAAUCUUGAUUUUUGUGAUUCUCACUUACAAAAGUCUCUUGUUCAAGGGUAUAUAAAAGCAACCAGUGCAUCAGAUUAUGCAUCAUUAAUGCUACAAAUACCUCAUAUAAAGAAACCACCAUAUUUGUAUAUAUUGAAUGCAUUAUUAGAUGAUGCAUUUGAAUCUAAAACUCUGAAGCAACUUAUUAAUUUUUUACAAAUAUUAAAAAAACAUAAAGUGAAAUUAUCGGAGUCAGAGCUCGAUGUUAUGGUAAAACGUAUUUUUAACAUAAAAGUAGAUGCAGUUGAAUUAGAAACUGUUUUUAAUUUAUUGAGUGUUGAAGAAAUAGAUUUAAAUUAUAAAAGUAACACAUAUAAAAGAAAUGAGUCUAGCUUAAUAUUAUCGGUGAAACCUCAUCCAACAAAAAUGGACAUAGAGCAACUACAUAAUCAUAUGAUAGAACUUAAAUUUAAGAAUAUGAACAUUCGUGGCGUGCUAAAGAAAUUAUUGGACCAAUAUUGUAAACAAAAUGAUUUAAAGGCUGCCGAAAAAAUAAAGGAAGAGAUUAUUUUAAAUAACUUCGAUUGGACACCAGGAAUGAGAGCAGGGUUGUUUCAUUUGUAUGUAAGAAAUAAUCUAUUGGAUAAAGCUGAAGCUGAAUUAAAUGAAAUUCAAACUAAAUACAGCGAAUUUAAGUUAGAUACUAGUAAAAUAUUACUGUAUGCUGUUUCUCUAGUAAAAAACAAUAGAGUAGAAGAUGCAUUUAAUCUAAUUAACAAUGUUAAAAAUAUUAAUAUCUCUUCAAAUACUAUUUCUGGCUGUUUAAACUUAUUGAUGGCAUUAAUCGAAAGCGAAGAUCCUGAUGAUGCAGAAAAAAUGAUAAUAACUCUCUCGGAAAAUAAUUAUUGUAAACUUGACAAUAUUUUGUUUUCUCCUUUGAUUGAAAGACAUCUUAUGAUAAAUGACAUAGAAUCUGCUGCAGAUACUUUUAUUUACUGUGCGAAUAAAUAUAAGAAAACUCCAUUAAAACAAAAAUUAUUAGAUAUAUUAAUCCAGAAUUCGGCUGAUUUAUCAUUAUCGUAUACUGGAGAUAAGUUAAAACAGAUUUUAAAAUGUAUAACUGAUAUUCACGGAGAGCCAGUGUCUAUAGUAAAAUUGAUUAUAGCAUUAGCACGAAGUGAUAAAGUUCCAGAAAUACAAAUAAUAUUUCAGAAAAAAGAUGUGCAAAUGAAACUGUUGCUUUACGAACUUCGAAAAAAAACCCAUGAUAAUAUACUUGAUAUAUUACUAACUAUAUUUAAAGCUAUUAAGAAUGAAGACAACACAAAAGUAAAGCAUAUGUGUGAUUUUAUCCUUUCGACCUAUGAUCAAAAAAAUGAUUACAAAGGAGGCGCUGCAUUUUUAAAUGAAAUGAAAGCUGCAUCAAUACCAAUAUCUAAGAAUAAAUUGGAAAGGAAGUUUGGAAAUCUUGUGGCUCAAUAAAAAACAAAGAAUGCAAUAUUAAAAUGUAAUUAUACUAUUGAGUCUUCUGUAUGCAUAUAUCCAAUUUAAACGGAUUUGAAAAUAAGAACGUAUGUCAUGUAUAAGAAAGGUGUAAUAAUUUAAUAAAGAUUUUUGAAAUUGCUUUCAA